CCUGCUGGUUGGGUUUGGUUGUGGCAAGCCCCGCAGGAUCCUGCCAUUUCUUCCACUGACAACACCCGGGGAAGGAGGAGCUUGCCCGCGCCGCGGAGAAGGCGUCAGAAUCCUCAAUUUCCAACUUAGCAUCUUGGCAGGACCUUUCUCAGAGCCCGAAGCAGAGAUAUUGGGGGAAAAGCCCCUCCGUGCGCAGGGGGAGAGCCCAGGCAGCUAGCGAGCAGCAGGCGCCGCACAGGGGAGUUCCGCGGCGGCAGCAGAGAAGCAGAAGCAAGGUGCUGGGCUGCUGCUAAGCCGCCAGCCGCCCCACCUGGCCACAGGGCUGGAGGGGCUCUGGACAGAAGUAGCCUAGACAAAUCCGAGCCAGCGGCAGCUCCCGGCUAUUUCGCUGCCCGUGUAUAUGUAUGUGCUUGGCCAUGUCGUAUCCUCAGGGUUACUUGUACCAGCCCUCCGCGUCCUUGGCUCUCUACUCGUGCCCGGCGUACAGCACCAGCGUCAUUUCGGGCCCCAGGACCGAUGAACUUGGGAGAUCUUCCUCGGGCUCCGCUUUUUCGCCUUAUGCCGGAUCUACCGCCUUUACCGCCCCGUCGCCGGGUUACAACUCCCACCUCCAGUACCCCGCCGCCGCCGCCUUCUCUUCCUACGUGGGUUCACCCUACGACCACACACCAGGCAUGGCCGGGUCUCUGGGGUACCAUCCCUACGCCGCGCCCCUGGGCUCCUACCCCUAUGGCGACCCAGCUUACCGAAAAAACGCCACCAGGGACGCCACCGCCACGCUGAAGGCCUGGCUGAACGAGCACCGCAAGAACCCCUACCCCACCAAGGGCGAGAAGAUCAUGCUGGCCAUCAUCACCAAAAUGACCCUCACCCAGGUCUCCACCUGGUUCGCCAACGCCCGGCGGCGGCUCAAGAAGGAGAAUAAAAUGACCUGGACCCCCCGGAACCGGAGCGAGGACGAGGAAGAAGAGGAGAACAUUGACCUGGAGAAAAACGACGAGGAUGAGCCCCAGAAGCUGGAGGACAAGGGCGAUCCCGAGGCUCCCGAGACAGGAGGAGGAGGAGAGCAGAAGGCGGCCCCUGGCUGCGAGGAACAGCACUUACCAGCUGCGCGCAGAGCUGGGAGAGCGGAGCUGAGCGCAGCGCCCGGGCAGCUCACGGGGCGCGGGGAGAAGGAAAUGGAAACUAGGACAACGUGGCAAAUGAAUUCCAUGCCAAGACAGGAUAAUAAAAUGUUCAGAAAAAUCAGUCAGCCUGCAAUUCUUAAGGAUGAUCAAAUAAUUGAGGUUUUAGAUUGGGUUCAUGGAGAGGGUGUGAACAAGUUAGUAAAUCAUGGGUCAGCAUUGAGCUGUGAUUUGUCUUCAGAUGUCAUGGGUUGGAGUAUGCAGUUUAUUGAUAACUUCAUGAUAUAUUCAGAAGAGGUAAAAAUCUGCAGACUGACUUUGAACAGUGGAAACCGUUUAGAGUGUGCAGGACUUAGAGUAAAUGUUGAUAGACUGAGGAUCACUGUAAAUGGACAAACAUCUUCUCCCAAUACUCGAUUUCGUUCCUGCAGUUCCCCCAAUAAAUAUUUUAGUUUCUCAUAUGAAGGAUACAGUUUAAGAAAAAAUAACCCUGCUGUUGCUUAG